UAUUUGCACUUCUAUCAACCAUCGAUCGCUUCUUCUACUUCUUCUUCUCCCUCUAUCAGUCUCUCAUGGACAAUUACCCAACCAUCUUCUUCCCUUGUCCCUCAUCGUCAACAUCAGCAUCACCGCCUUCUCCUUUCUCUUCAAAUAUGGUAAAACCUAAUCCAUAUACUUUUAUAGACGUUCAUGGCAAUAAUAACCAUAAUAACCCAACUGGGUUGUUCCAAGGAUGGAAGAAGGAGACGACGGCGGCGGCGGCACCGGUGGCCCCAGCAUCCGAUAUCUCACUUUCACAGCUGACUAGAAACGAUUCAUCCCAUGGAGGGAGCUCUAAUGGGUCCGCCGAGCAGAGUGAGAAGAAAGUUGCAGGUAAAAAGAAGGGCGAAAAGAAGAUUAGAAGGCCCAGACAUGCUUUCCAAACAAGAAGCCAAGUUGAUAUACUUGAUGAUGGUUAUAGAUGGAGGAAAUAUGGACAGAAGGCUGUGAAGAACAACAAAUUUCCCAGGAGUUACUAUCGGUGCACACAUCAAGGGUGCAAUGUGAAGAAGCAAGUCCAACGCCUAUCCAAAGAUGAAGGGAUUGUUGUCACAACAUAUGAAGGGAUGCAUACACAUCCUAUUGAGAAGUCUACAGACAACUUUGAACACAUAUUGAAUCAGAUGCAAAUUUACACUCCAAUUUAACUCUCCUUUUUUUUUUCCCUCCCCACCCCCCCUAGGAUUGUGGAAUUUAUAACAUUAGUUUGAUUACUACUUGUAAAGUUUGUGACAUUAGAUUAAAUACUCAAACACGGAAUAAAGUUGUGCAAUAGAUCCAGAUAUA